GUUUAAGUUAUAAAUGUUUUUCUUUAAUUGGUAGAACUGUGUUCUACAUGGUAUGAUAAGAUAAACGUUUAUUGACAUUGCUUUUUGGUGCUACUAUCACACCCAAGAGACAUCAUGAGUUACUAAUUGCUAAAAUGUUUGUACAUUUAGGCAUACACGGGGAGACUUGUAGAAUACACAGCCUCCUUGGUCUUAUUUGAAGGAGAAAAGUAAUGAACCCUUUGAUCUCUGCUGCUUCCGUGAUCGCUGCUGGGUUGGCUGUAGGUCUAGCUUCCAUUGGUCCUGGUAUUGGACAAGGAACUGCUGCUGGACAAGCUGUAGAAGGUAUUGCAAGACAACCAGAAGCCGAAGGUAAGAUCCGAGGCACUUUGUUACUUAGUUUGGCUUUCAUGGAAGCUUUGACUAUCUAUGGACUAGUAGUAGCUUUAGCUCUUCUAUUUGCAAAUCCUUUUGUAUAGUUCUAUACACAAAGCUUUUAGCUUGUCUAGCACAUAGGUUUUGCUAUGACUAUGUUUCAUAGAAAGACUGAAGUUGAUUUUUGACUUUAAGUAGACAGGCAUAGGGAAAAACAAGUUAUUUGGGGGAAAGAUGCCGAUUGUAUGCUUUUCAUUUUGAUCAUAAGAGAAUCUAUGUUCAAACAAGAAUGCUCUAAAUUACAAAUGAGAAAUAAUGCAUAUCGGCAUCAUUUGGUAUAUUGUUUUAUACAUAUUUUUCUGAUAUUCAGGAGAUUAAUCUAGUUGAAAAACUCAUUCUAAUAUUUGCUAUUACAUAAUACGUAUAAGAAGAUGUACUAGACCCAAGAACUUAAAUCAUGAGGUAAUAUAAAUUUCCUGACAUUUUAGUUAAACCUCAUAUAAGUAGCAUUAUGUAGAAAAUGGACCUUAUUGGAGAAACAGGGUAUGAACAGCGCAAUUGACUUGAUUGCUUCGUUGGAUUCUUGGGCUCUGGCAAAUGAGGGGCUAAGCCUCAAUACCAAUUUGCUAGAUACUAAUUUG